AUGGUUGUCAGACAUGGAUCGCUUGAUAACCCUUUGACGUUUCAUUACUCUACAGUAGAUGGAGUUGCUAAGAAAAACCUACAUUUUUACGCGAAAUCAGAAUCAGCAAGAUUUGCUUCCUUUGAAAACGAAAAAAUCAUCACUAUCCAACUGGUCGAAGACUCCGAGUGGCGCCCAGGUAGUGUAUUCUACGUUCAGCUGAAACUGGAUCCUCAUUCCGAUGAAGAAGGAAAAGAAACAAAGCUUGGAAAAACGUAUAUUGCUCAUGUUUGCCGUCUAUCUAAUUCUAGCAGUUUCACUGGGGAAUCAUUGGUUGAAUUUACUGAAUCAAAUUAUGUGGUUCGUGAAAGUGAAGGGUAUGUUCGUGUCUUCAUAACUCGUCGCGGACGUUAUGACAGGAGCCCAUUUGUGGUCAAUUAUGAGACAUUUGAUGUUAGUGCUAGAAGUGGUGUUGAUUAUGCUUCUGUACACAAUGGAGUUGUGAAGUUUAUGGAAGAUGAAUUUGAAAACGAAAUGAAUGACACUUUAGAUAUCACAAUUGGACCGAGAAAGCGAACGGUUGUUACCAUAUUGUGUGAUGAUAACUUUAUUAGAAACAUCUUUCAAAUUCGAAAGCUAACAUUUUACUAUUUUAAUCGGAUGUCUUUUGGAGCCAAAACUUGGCUUGAACAGAUUGCAUGUGCCGUUAGUGUUAAUGAAGGCGAUAUCGCAAAUGCAACUCUGAUCGAUUGCCUUCUUCAUGCUCUAUCGUUCCCCUGGAAAAUCACCUUUGCUUUUAUUCCUCCACCAAUGCUUCUUGGCGGUUGGCCAUGCUUCUUCGUUGGUUUAGUUUUAAUCGGAGUCGUUACUGCAGUCAUUGGUGAUUUAGCCAGCAUUUUUGGUUGUAUGGUUGGCUUGAAAGAUUCUAUAACUGCAAUAACGUUUGUUGCACUUGGAACUAGCUUGCCAGACACUUUUGCUUCAAAAAUAGCUGCACAAAAUGAUGAUACGGCAGACAACGCUAUUGGCAAUGUAACCGGUUCUAACUGCGUAAACGUAUUUCUGGGUCUUGGACUACCGUGGUUGAUUGCAGCUUUGUACUGGUAUUCGAAAAAACAAAGCUUUGUAGUUAGUGCUGGGAACCUAGGUUUUAGCGUCGCAGUCUUCAUGACCACUUCAAUAUUAUGCCUUGGUCUUUUGAUGAUGAGGCGUUACCUAGCGGUUUUUGGAAAAGGAGAGCUUGGUGGCCCAAUCUCUCCUAAAGUUCUUUCUGCGGUUUUCCUUUUUUUCUUAUGGUUGUUUUAUGUCGUUGUGUCUGCGCUGCAGGCUUACAAAGUAAUUAAUUUUUAG